CAUUCAAUAGGAUUAGAUGAGUUUGAAUGGAACGGAGUGCUAUUGCUAAUAUCAUCCGGCGAACACUUCCCCUUUCAUGCAUAUUAUGCGGCGGCGGCCACAGGAGUACAGAUGAUUUGGGUUCCAAUUAUAAAUGAUCAUAUACAAUUAACUACUACUGUGUAUUGGAUUCAAAAAAAUGGAUUGCACCAGAAUUUGUAAGAUUUCUUAAAGACAAAUGCUUCUCAACUUUUCAAGUUGGAGGUGACCCUAUUAUCAUUUCACUGGACAAACGGGGAAGAUUGGUUCAUUCUAAUGCACUGCACAUGACAUUUACAUGGGGAUCUCAAUUAUUUAAUGAAGAGAGAACAAUGAUAUCAAGUGAUAUAAUGCCUUCAUUAGAAAAUGAGUUGAGGGAAAGUACUUCUGGUGCUGACCGUGUGAUUGAUGACAUUGACAAACAAAUACAUAAUUUCGCUAGAGAGGUCCGCAAAAAGAUCAAUGUUUGGGUGUACGACAUCAAGAUGAAGAUGAAAAGUUCGUUUCGUUCAUACAAUUACACGCGUGAGAUAGAAGAAGAGCUUUGGCUUAAAGAAUCUUGGAAUCUUAAGCUUGUAGUAGGAACGACUAGCAACAGGACAUUCAAAUCCAGACUACACCAGUGGAUUGAUGAUGAUGAAAAGUACAUUUUGUUAUGUGGAGGCAAUAACAUUAAAAGAGUUCUAGAAUUUGUACUUAAAGUAAAAGAAGUUCGUUCCAAAUUCCAAAUGAAUAUGAAAAUUGCAUACGUUGGAAGAAGAAGAAAAAUUAUUGAAGAGGUGAGUAGAGCAUGUGAUUAUGCAUUUACACGUUAUGAGUUUAAGUCGUUUUGGGCACGACUUCAUAGCGUGGCCUCAUCUAGGAUCCAAUAUUUGUGUAACGUUGGAGUACUUGAUGAAAGGAGUGAUGAAAUUCUGCAAGGACUCAGAAAAUUAUUAUCUUAUGAAGAUGAAUGCACAACAAUUGGAUCAUGGGCUUUGUUGGGCAAAGGGAAAAGAAUAAUUGCAUGUGAUAUGGGAGACAAAAUGUUAGGAGUCUUGAAUGAGCAUGAGAAAUGGAAGAACAUUGAACAUGCCAAUGAUUUUGAACAAACAUUCAAGGAUUGCUAUGAGAUGCUUAAUACUUCUUCUUCUUCUUCCAAUCAACACUCUUGUUGUGCUCUCAAUUACUCAUCUAAUUUGGAUAAAAUUCCAGAGAUUGUGUCCUGCUUUCAAUGUGACCAGAACAUGCAUAAAUUUGUCACUUUCUCCUGUUGUCAUGACCUGACUAAUUAUUUAUAUUGUUACCAGGAUGGAGACUAGAAAUAAUACUAGAGUUUCUGUUCUACUUGCACUGGCUGUUAGAGCUUUUGUAGUAGUCUACAUGCAUGUAUUAUAUAUG